UAACAAUACGGUGCAUUAAUUGUACAAACAUUGAAUUGUCAAGCUUUUCUUCUCAAGAGAGUAUUUAGGAGGUGGAGAUGAGAAUUGGCAAAUUCGUCCAAUUAUGAAGUUCAUUAUCGAUAAAACGAAAUGUCUCUUUACAUUUUAUAUAUUCAUCAUCUACUUUAUAAGUCUGCUGAAGGCGCUCGGUUACUUCAAUCAUCGGACGACUGGAAAGUCAAAUAUUUUUUCUUUUAACAAUUUUCAUAUUGAUGCACAUGGACAUGGACGUUGUUUUGGACUUGUUUGUGUGUUGCGCGAGAAGUGAAGCUUUUUUGACAGAAUGGAGGUUAUAAACUUCUGUGGCUGAAAUUGUAUUUUUGUUUUGCUCGCGUCGAACGAAACUCAAAUAUUAAAUAAGUUCAUAAAGUUUUUCAAUUUUCAAUUUCGCGAACAAUAGUAAACAGUUCAAAUAUACAGGGGGUUCCAAUGUGGGUAUUGUAAGACUAAGGCCCCCCCCUCUCAUAAUAAUAAUGCAAAGCUCAGUCUAUGAACCAAGUUGAAACUAAUUAAGAAGGAUGAACGGGAACAUGGAUGGGAGAAAUGCACUGGCCGGAGGUGUUGCACCUCCACCCCAAAGCAAGGCACCCAGGAAUUACAAGCUAAUUGUGGAUCCGGUUCUUGUGAAGGGGGCCACCAAGGUGUACAGGUACGAUGGAUUUAUGCCAAAUGAGAAUUCGUUUGGUGCCGCUGCCCCAAGAGACCCCAGGAACCCCCUCAUUCGCAUUUGGACCAGAUUAGAAGUCUUGGACCUUCCAGUGCCCAGAUUUAAAAUUGAUAACAAUUACAUUGGUGAGCCCCCAUCGAUUGAAGUAACAAUAUUCGAGUUGAAUGACAACAUCGAUAAACAGUUCCUGAAGGAUAUGGUUCAGAAGUUCGGUGUGAUCGAAGAGCUAUGCAUUUACUAUCAUCCAGUUUCUAAUAAGCAUUUGGGCAUUGGAAGAGCAGUCUUUGAAGCUGUCAAAGGUGCAAAAGCGUGUGUGGAGAAACUGAACAACACAAGUGUCAUGGGGAAAGUGCUGCAGGUGUUUCUGGACCCGUUCGGUGAGAAAUGCAAAGCUAAAUUCGAAGAGUGCACUGUGGAGAAGAAACCGGCACCGCCUCCGGUGCCGGCGGCGGUGGCUGUGGUUCCUCCUCCAGCAGACGAGGGAAAGAAACCUAUCGAAAUAGAGGACAAGAAAAAAGUGGACGUUGAUAUGGAUAUAGAUCGGAGCUUAGGAGAUUUGGAUAGGAGAUCAUUGAGGAAAGACGAUUACGGUAGGGGAUAUCAUAGGAACGAGUACGCAACACCAGGUGGUUCAGAUAUUGGAUACGCGACGGCUCCUAGUGACUAUUCGGGUUACGGUUCUAGUAAUAGCACACCGCUGCCGCCUUAUGAUUAUAACAUGGCUGCAAUGGGAUCGCAAUAUUAUGGGGGUUAUCAUCAUCCGCAUCCUAUGGUCGCUCCGCCGAUUCCAUGGGGACAUUGGGAAAGUGGUAAUUCGUGGGAUAACAAACCUGCGCCACCGCCAAGUAAAAAGUGGCCAUCCGAAGCUAAUCAUGUGAUCGAGAAGGAUAAAAAGGAUUGGAAAGAUCGCGACCGGGGGAAGAAAAAGGCUGGAAAAACGAAGUCGAAAGAGAAAGAGUGGGGCGAGAAGAACGAAGAAGAACAGAAGACUUUAGAUUUAGACACCAGAAUUGCAAUGCUUUUAAAAGGAAAGGGUUCCGGAGGUAUGGCUCCGCCUUUCUUAACGUUGGGCGACGAUUCGGAAGAUGAAAAGGUCCCAAAUGCAGACGGUGAUAAUAAAUCCAUGCACAUACCGACUUCCGUAGAUAGCGACGAUGAUCAUUCGAGUGUGUCGCUCAGCGAUUUGCCGAUAAAUCCACCUGCGCCGGAUGCUGAAACCGCUGAUCAAGAUCAAGAGGUAAAAGAACCACCGAUUUCGCCGUUCCCUUCGCCAUUUAUAAGUAAAGAAGUUUACCUGGAGUGCCAUAGAAAUAUAAUUGAAAAAGUAUUAAUGGCGAAGCAGAAAGAUGUUUUACUUAAGAAGAACUUGCGUAUGAAAGGAAAAUUGGAAAUUGAUAAAAUUGGUAGCGAUAUCUCGUCAAGCGAGGACGAAUUAUUGACAGGUGAACAUAAUUACAGUCCGAUCGAACGUUCGGACUUUAAAAUCGAAAAUAACGGCAAGAUCGACGACGAUGAUCAAAUGAGUUUGUCGUCGUUGAGCAGCAAUGACCAGAAGAUUGAAGAACAACAACCGGACGAUAUACCUCCACCACCGCCUCCCAUCCCGCCUGGGCACUUCAAUCCGUACCAGCAGUACGGAUAUCCGCCAGGUUAUGGGUACGGAGGAAAUUACGCUGCAACCAGUGGAGAUUGGCGUACGUAUACGGGCUACAGUUCGCAGAUGUAUCUUUCCCAAUAUUCUCAAUUCGGGAAUCUGCAGCAAUCGCAACCGUACAUGCCUUACCAAUUACCUCAACGUCGAUACGAGACCUCGGUGGUGGCCAUAAGUGAUAAAGAUGAUCCGCAUACACCUACAAUAAGCGGAGUGGUUCAGCAAAUUACGCAAGAACUUAAGCAAAUUCUCAAGAAGGACUUUAACAAGAAAAUGGUGGAGAAUACUGCAUUUAAACGUUUCGAAGCUUGGUGGGAAGAGGAGUCCACUAAAGAGAGGAAGGACGAGGACAGAAAUAACGCUAUUGCUGCGGAUCUGAAAAUCAAUCAAUCCAAGGAUAAUCUUAAUGUCCUGCUGGAGUCUAAUCGCGAUAGUCUUUACAGCGGAGAAACUAUUGGCUUAGGGUUAGGUCUGAGAGCUUCGCUGCCGAAAAUGCCCAGUUUCCGUAGGAAAAAAGUGCUGAGUCCUGUGCCCGACGACGAAGACUCGAGGAAACUCUCGGAUAACGAGGAGAUCAUUCAAAAUUCCGAUUCGGAAUCGCGAAAUUCGGCUAGCGUCGCGUCUCGUCCAUUGCGUCGCGUGAGGAAAGCUUCCACCACUAGCAGCUCGGAUGGAUCCAUAUUCAGUGAAUCCAGCAGCGAAUCUUCGUCGGAAGAUGAUAGUAGCGCAUCGGAAUCCGAGGUGGAACGGGUACGAAGAAGUCCGACGCCGCUCGAUAGGAAAACUCCAGUUCCAAAAGUGGAGCCAGAACCAGAAGGAAUUGACGAAGACUUUAGCUCUCCUAAGGAAGAUGUUGUCGAAGCGACGAGUAAAACACCGGCGGAACCUAUGAUCGUUGAAGACGAAGUGAAAAAGCCGAAAAGUACCCUGGACAAGAUGCUUGACAGUGAUAGCGAUUUAAGCGAUGACGAGAAAGAUUACCUCGAACGUAGACGCAGAAACACCGAAUGGAUGAUGCAAAUCGAGAUGGAAAGGCAAGAAAUUGAGAAGAAGAAAGAGAACGUUGAAACAGUGAAAGAAGCUAAAAUGAAGGAAGAAGUUAAGGUCGCGAUCAAGGAAGACGAAGAUAAGAAAUCGGAAGAUAUGGAGAGCGCUGCCAUUGAAACGUUAAUGUCUUUGGCGACGAAGAAAGAAGAGAAACUUCAGUCCAAGAGCUCCGACGACGAGCUCUCGUUGGAUCAACGUAAACGCAAUAAUAAAAGAAACAUUACAAAUAACGGAGAACUUGAGCGAGUUAAAAGUUUGUCCGAGUGUUCUUCCGUCAGCACUCCGGGCUCUCAGGUUGCUAUCGAGCAUAGCUAUUGUAUGCCGCCGCAGAAGGAGAACAUUGAAUUUACCGAUAAACCAGUGUUGACGCAGGAGAGUUUCUUCCACGAUCACGGUUACACCAGCAGAGAGGAACGCGUCAAGUCGCCCAAGCAGAAGCCGCCCAUCAAAGAUAAACCACCCCGACAGCGUAUCAAGAAUGUCAAACAUAAAAAGUUACAGGAGCUGCAGAACUAUCCGGACAUCGAGGAAGAGGAGGAGGCGGAGGAGGAAGCAACACCGAAACCCGUCUCAAAUUUGCAUGGUUCUGUUAAAUUCAAGGAACGCGAUAUGGGCACCGAGAUGGCGCUGCUCUACGAGUUCCUCACGAAGGGCAUCGAUCCUGAAGAUAUUCGCUACUUGCGCAGCUCCUACGAAGCCAUGCUCGCCGACGACUCGAUCGGCUAUUGGUUGAACGACACCCAUUGGGUGGAUCACUGCCAAACAGAUUUAUACUCGACUCCGCCCAAAAAGCGGAAACGCGAUGAUAUGCGAGUGCACGCGACCGGAUGCGCGCGUACCGAAGGUUUCUACAAGAUUUCAGCACACGAAAAGGCCAAAUACAAAUACCACCACACCAGGAGUUUAACAAAUACAUCGCCAAGUACGAAUGCACCGAUCACGAAAAUGCAAGGUUUAUCUCGAGAAGCUCGCUCGAAUCAGAGACGUUUGUUAACGGCGUUCGGCACGGACACCGAUUCCGAUUUGCUCAAAUUCAACCAACUGAAGUUCCGCAAGAAGCAGAUCAAGUUCGCCAAAUCUUCUAUCCACGACUGGGGAUUAUUCGCGAUGGAGCCAAUUGCUGCCGAUGAAAUGGUCAUCGAGUACGUGGGGCAGAUGGUGAGACCAAGCGUCGCAGAUAUCCGAGAAAGGAAAUACGAGGCCAUCGGAAUCGGCAGUUCGUAUUUGUUUAGGAUCGAUCUCGAAACGAUCAUCGAUGCAACAAAAUGCGGAAACUUGGCGCGAUUCAUCAAUCAUAGUUGCAACCCCAAUUGUUACGCUAAGGUGAUCACUAUAGAAUCGCAAAAGAAGAUUGUAAUAUAUUCGAAGCAGAGCAUCGGCGUAAACGAGGAAAUCACUUACGACUAUAAGUUCCCGUUGGAGGACGAAAAGAUACCUUGUUUGUGCGGUGCGGCGACAUGUCGUGGCACGUUGAAUUAAUACGUGGAAAUCUAUUAUCGUGUUCAUCAUCAGCAAAAGAAGAAAAAAAAACAGUCUUGUACAUUUCUCUUAAUGAAGGGCAGACGCAUCAAGAGGAACCAAAAAAAAAAA